AUGUCGGAUGAUUUUGACACGGAAUUCCUGACGUCAUUAUAUUCAAGUAGUAGAAUUUUUCCGCGUCCUUGGAAUGACUUACUCCUUCCUCCAAAUGUUUCUAAAAAUCUAGAAAAUUUCUCUGAAUCUGAUCUGAUUAAAACUCUCCAGACGGAAUAUUGGUGGGUAGGAGACUUCAAGGUUUCUACUGGUCCUGGUCUGUGCAGCAACUUCAAAUCGAAAUGGCUUCCAUUCGCUCCGGAGUCACGUCAGAUUGAAUCUCGAGUUGAACUCACAGAAUAUCAGGUUGUUCGAGAAUGUCUUUGGGUUAUUCUUGGUGCCCAAAGAAGCUUUAUCUUCGUCUCCUAUACCGACAGCGAAAUUCUCACUAAAAAUCUUUGUCUUUACACGCGUAAACCUGCAGCACUUACCCAUCUUACUUAUGGCGCACUUGAUACAUUUUGUACGGAGAUCGCAGAAUCGGCCACAAGCAUUCUUCAAAUUAGGGCAUUUAUAAAUUUCGCUUUAUUGUCAAGUAGCUCCAUUCCUUUACCCUUCAUUCGUCUCGCACAAGUUUGCGAGAGACUGGUAGGAGAUGCAUUUCGAGUCGUUUCGGAAUUAGAACAAGUCGCUAAAAGCUCCGUCCCUAUUCAAUUAACUCUUAUUUCGCUCUCAAUUAAAUGGCAGGUUUGGUUUCGUCGACUUUCAUUUAUAUCUACCUUGAUUCUACAGGUCUGUUCUCCUCAAUUGAAUACCAUAUUUUCUGGAGAAACGUCAAUUCUUCUUCUUAACCGGAUAGAAGAGCUCUCUCGCACGAUUUCUAAGUGUUUCCCUGAUCCCUAUCUUAUUGACCUAAUUGGAGAGAUUUUCGUUUCAACUACGGAAGCUUAUCUCUGCCAUAUGAUGAAAGGAAGCAGUUUAAACAGUACCCCAUUUCUCAGAUAUAAUGACAGCAUUCUUUCCACUGAUCCAAAUUUCUGGGAAUCCGGUGUUACGCUCAUUAAAUCAAGUGUUCCAAAUGUUUUAUCUUCUGUCAUCCAAGAUGUCUUUUUGGGUGCUAAAUCUUUUAUCCUGCUGAAAGCUAUUUCAUCGGUUUUUCGAAACCCGAAGCUGCUGAGCGCAAUUGAGGAUAAUUUUACUUCAUCUUUGAUUUCAAACAAAGAAGGCGGUUCAAAACCGGAUACUGAUUGUAGAGUUGGUGAAUUUGAAUAUCAUGCCGAUUCAGAUGUCAAAGAGAUGAUUAGUUUCCUGGAAUCUAUUGUUUUAGACAAACCAAAAUGUUCUCUUCUUACGUCUCCGUCAAAUAAAUCUACAGAAUCUCCUGCAAAGACAGUAAAACGUUUUAGUGAGGAUAUAAGGAAUCAUGCUUCGAAGAUAUCUUCCUUUCUUGUAUCUUCUCUGCUUCAUGGGCCAUUAUCUGAAUCCGGAGCAUUUCUUUCAGCUGUUUCUUCUUUUGCAGAUUAUCUUAAUCUCACACACGCGUUUGAAAAUCUGUCAAAGAUCGCAUUUUUCCGUUCCGGAGAGUGGAUGUAUGCAUUUUGUGAGGAGAUAUUUAGUUCUCAUUCAUCCAAUAGAACGGAAUCAUUCUUAAAUAAAGCCUUGAGAGAACAGGUUAUAGUUAUCUGUGGAGAAAGAUCCUGGCUCUGUGGGCGACUCAAUUUGAUCUUGGCUGAAAGUGAUAUAACUCUUCACAUAAGCAUUCCUUGGCCCCUUAAUAUCGUGAUCUCCGAGGAGAACAUGCUACUAUACCAAAAUGCGUUCAAAUUCCUCUUUGAGUUAAAACAAGCGAAAUGGGCUCUAGACAACGCAAAAUGGAUAUUUGGAACGGGAAAUCCUAAAUUAGCUUUACUUCGAUCUCGGUGUCUGUACGUAAUCAACGGCAUACACGCUUUCAUUGCGGAUCAUAUUGAGGUUGCUCAUAUAGAAUUCAUGCAUACUUUGAUGGAGUCAGACAUUAGAAAUAGUUUGGACAAUUUGUUGACGUCUUUCUCAACUUAUCUCGAUCGAGUAAAAGACAUAAGCUUGUUAUCAGAUAGUGUCUCACAAAAGAUGCUCAAUCAGACAUUGCGAGAGUUGUUUGAACUCUGUAGAGCGUUUCAGUCUCCUUGUGAAAUGGAUGUGGAUCAUCUUGCAUCGGAGUUCUCAACCCGGGUUGGCUUCCUACGAACUGUUCUUUCGGAGGCCCUUCAAGGCAUUGGAUGUGUGCGCUUGGAAGCAUCUUAUUUGCUGGAGACACUGGAAGAUUCCUGUAGAUUCAACACUGGUGUAAUUACACGAUUGCAUUUUUAG